CAACUCCCUCCAUUCUUCUACCUCUUCAGCCUCACCCCUCAAGAACUGUUUAUAGCGUAUUUGUAUUCAUUCACUGUGCUGCUCUUUGUCUGUCUCAUUGUCUGAUCAGUUCCAUCCUCUUCCAUUCUGACUCUGAUCCCCAUGUUCUCACCAUGGACCCCUCCAACCGUGAUGACCUCCCCCCAGUCCCAUUCGCCUCCUCCAAGGCUACUCCGUCGCAUCAUUUGAGUCUGAAUCCUCAGUCGCUGGCUUCAGCUUCUGUUGCUCCUGCGCCCGUAUCACCUGCCCUGUCAUCGUCAUCCUUGCUUUCUCCCUCCGAUGCCACCCCGCGUUCAGUCUCCAGAGAUAAUCACCAUAACCAGACGGCCCCUAGACGUAUCCCAAGCUCUGGAUCGCUGAGAGACGAAAGUCGCAGGUCAACACCUAGUUUGCAGAAACGUUCUUCAACCGCAUCGUUGCGAUCAGUUCGCAACAGCGCUGGCUCAUCCACCGGUACUCUGUCGCGACGCUCCUCCUCUAACUUCGCGACCUCCCCCACCGCAGCAAACAACAUGAUGCCCAAGAAAAGUCCCGUGCAGGAAAUAAUUCCUACUGCUGCGAUGAUCGCUGCAGAACAUUUCCAAAGAGAUAUCGACUGGCACCAGUCUGCCGAUCUACAAUCCAAGACUCUUGUCGUGGUCCACGAUGCGUGCUACGGUCAUCGUUUCGCGCGACCCAAAAGCUCUCGCGCUACCCUAGGCUCGAUCGUCGAGAGGCCAGAACGUAUUCGUGCUGGUGUCUUGGGAGUGUCUGCUGCUUACGUCCGUCUGGCCCGUAGACAUGCCGGUGAGCGCUACGCGCCUCACCCUAGUCUGGACCCUCACGCCUUGCCUGCGCCUCCGUUUCAGAUCCGCAAGACGGCGCGAUCGUUGGCGCUUACUUCCCCCGCUGUUGCGCACGUGCAUGGAAGCAAAUGGAUGGAUGAUCUCAAGACCAUGUGCGAUGCGGCUGAGUCGCGACUUGCGUUGAACGGGAAGGAAUUGGUUCGUCCGCGUAGCGCUGGGAAGGAUGACCAUGCGCCUGAAUUCCACCAGGGGGAUUUGUAUUUGUGCUCUGAAUCUUUGAAUGCUUUUGAAGGUGCCUUAGGUGGGGUAUGUGAGGGCGUGGAUGCUGUCCUUGGCCCCUCGUCUACGAAGCGGGCGUUUGUCUGUAUCCGUCCGCCUGGCCACCAUUGUUCGUCCGGUCAUCCGUCUGGAUUUUGCUGGAUUAAUAAUGUCCACGUUGGUAUCUCAUACGCUGCUAUGUCGCAUGGGUUGACCCACGCGGCUAUUCUGGACUUUGACCUGCAUCACGGUGAUGGCUCGCAGGAAAUCACAUGGGCGCAGAACAGUCGGGCCGCAACUGCACCCAAGAAUGCAGCGCUCUACAAGAAGACAAGAAUCGGCUAUUUUAGUCUGCACGAUAUCAAUUCAUACCCGUGCGAGAUGGGCGACUUUGAGAAAGUGCGCAAUGCAAGCGUGUGUAUCGACAAAGCACACGGUCAGUCGAUCUGGAACGUCCAUCUAGAUUCCUGGAAAAACGAGUCGGAGUUCUGGGAGUUGUAUGCGACCAAGUACGCUAUUCUCAUAGAGAAGGCCCGUGCUUUCCUGCGACUGCACACGGAGCGCCUUGCUAGCACAUCUAAUGGACCUAAACCUAAGGCUGCUAUUUUUCUUUCUGCUGGCUUCGAUGCCAGUGAGUGGGAGGGCGCUGGUAUGCAACGGCACAAGGCGAACGUCCCUACCGAGUUCUACGCCAAGUUUACGGCAGACGUCGCCCGCAUGGCUGAGGAAGAAGGGCUGGGAACUGACGGUCGUAUCAUCAGUGUGCUAGAGGGAGGCUACAGCGAUCGGGCUUUGACAAGUGGAGUUCUUAGCCACCUUUCAGGUUUGAGUGAUACGACGGCUAGUGUGACAGAAGAACAACAGAUUGAUCAUCUCGCGUCUGAAAUGACUGACUUGGGUCUGCAAAACGUACUUCAGGAGUCGGAGACCAAUGCUCAAAGGACACAGGGAAGCUCUUACGAUCCAACCUGGUGGUCAUCACCCGUGCUCGAAGAGUUGGAAGCCUGGGUCUACCCUGCCCCGGCUGUGAAAAGUAACGGGAAAAUCCCGACAUAUCUUGCUUCGACGCAAUCGUUUACCGCCAAAGUUGUGCCAUCAGCACGGGACCGAAUGUCAGCCGGCGGCUAUGUCACUUAUGAGCCAGAGUUACCCCCACUACCUGAAGUUGGCUGGGCCACUGCAACGCACGAGCUAUCUAAGAUUCUGAUCCCGAGUGAUCGGCAAACAAUGAGUUGUCGACCAGAGGACCUCAAUGCUGAAGCGUCGCGCGUACGUCGGGAACGUCAAGCAGCUGCGGAGGGCAUUCCCAUAGCUCCGGCUGCUCCGGCUGCUCCGGCUGAGCCAGUUGCGCGUGAAGCUAGUCGCAUGCAGCUUCGUGUGAGAAAGCCCAAGCAGUCUCUACCAGGUACACCCAAGGCUGAAUCUACACCAAAACGCCAGGCAGUCAAGGGGACUCGACGGACCACCAUCGACGCAGGCAGUGACUUGACUUCAUCGCUAGACAAUUCGCCAGCCACUCGCAUGAACCGCAGGAAAAGCUCCGCCGCAGCUACGGAAAAUCCCGAAGAUGGGAGAUCGCCAUCGCGUGCGACAGCACCUCCAUCACGCCCUGGCACCGCAGCAAGCAACCGGUCGACAACUUCUCGAAGGACCAGUACCAGCCGUGGAACUACCCCGAAACGUUCUGCAAGUCCUCCCCAAAAUGUUCCUCCCGUGCCACGGGUUCCGUCUGGUAUACUUCAUACAGCGUCGAGCGAAGCUCCACCCCCAACAGGCACGGAAAACACUCGACCCGAUGACAUGGACAGUCUCAUGGCCGGCGUGCGGAAACUCAAUAUAAAGCUCAAGGUCCCCUCUCCAGAGGAAAACGCCGCGCGAGAGAAGAAAGCAGCAGAGGAACGCAAAAAGGCAGCCAAGACUUCGAGAUAUCAGAGGUCCAGCAGCGUUCUCAAAUCAUCCACUACCAAAAACCCUGCUUUCUCCGCAUCAGCACCCCCUUCUACAGCACCUCCACUCGAAACAAAACAAGAAGCUAGAGAGCCCUCGCCCGACAUGGCUUCAAUCCCCAGCACCGUCACAAUCGGUAGACCAGGCUCGCGAAAGGCCUCCGCGCAGCCCUCAUUCGCUGCAAGCACAACAACAACCAAUACCCCCCCUCUCACCCCCGCAUCUGCAUCCACAGCCACGACACAGGAUACCUUUCACCCGCAGCAGCAGUCGCUGUUUUCGCCCACUGCAUCGGUCACGCAGUCUAAGCACGGACUUCCUACGUUCACGUCAAGUGACGCGAUCCCGUUCGCUUCUGCAUCCGGAAACCCGACGCCGCUUGGAUCUCGGCCGUCUACUGGAUUUAGCCAUGCGGUUUCGGAUGAGUCGAGUGGAGACGGGUCUUAUGUUAAUGUUGGUCACGAUGGACAGGCUGAUGUAUAUGCACGUCGGGAGUAAAUCCCUCCUUCUCUUUGCGUUUCCUUUCCCUUCAUUGAUCUUUGAAUCGAUAUUAUGUUCAAUUUAUGCUCUGCGCCAUCUUUUCUUGAUAUCCCAUAUUUGUUCGAGCUUGCGUUGGUCGAUCUCUAUCUCUUUUCGAUUCAUUUCUUUCGUCCUUUCUUUCUGGUCUGUUGGAAUAUACCCCUAGGCGUAUUGUAUGAGUUUUUGCUUUUAUCCUUUUAUCCUGUCUAUCAUGUCUAUUUUGCAAUAAGUUAUUACAUUUCGAAGAACAAUAAUAUGCAAUGAUCAGAUGUAUCUAAUAUCUUGUCAGAAAUUUACUCAGUUCAGUCGUAC